AUGGAUGAUCUGUGUGAGCUUCAGAGACCCCUGUUAGGAAAGCAGGUGAGUGGCAAACCGUUUAGUCAUGUACUGCCUGGAGGAACCUCAGCCAAGGAGGGGCCCACAUCUCCCCACGGCCCCACGCCAACCUGCAACCAGCUGGUACCAGGCAGCUCUCCUGCCAGCACGGACUCCCAGUUGGUCCCACAACUCCUGGACACAUGCUCACUGCAGAACACUGUCGAGUCUCUCUACUGCCCAAGCCUAAUGCUGCAUGCAGACCUGAGGGUCUGGGCUAGCUCGAAGCACUGCACCGAGACCACUUUCACUGAGAAUGGACCUGGGGAGCAGAAGAUUGGAAAUUCCAAAGAGCCCAAGGUUCUGGAAUCGGAGGCUGGUCAGGCAAAAGUUCCGACUGUCUCAGUCGAUGUGGAGGACCUUCCCUAUCUGGAGACACAGACCAGCAAAGCUACAGCCAAAGGAGACUAUCGGCAGGCCAGCUCUGCCUCCAGGAAAGCUCUGUGCACAGCCAUCUGCUCUAUUGCUCUUGGGGUCUGCACCUACAUCGGAGGCAUGGUGGCUCUGGUGAUAUACUUGGCAAAGAAUGGGCACUCGUAG